AUGAGGAGAACAUCCGUAUCGUUGCCUACGAAGCACGUUCGUCGCGACCCUUACGAGAAAGCUGGCCGGUACGACGCCGGUCACAGAGACGUCGGCAUCCUGGAGAAAUUACAGGCCGCCACCAUGAACCAGGCCCAGAAGACGCGGUGGAUAAAAACCACCGCGAUCGUGGUGUUCCUGGUUUUCCUAUUCUACUACCUCUCGCCGAAGGGCGCCGACAUCUACAAAGGGGUAUCACAUUCGGGAGGCCAAUCACCGUCGGACGCGACCUACGGAACCGACAAAUGCACGAAGUCGUACUCGAAAGACAAGCCCAUCGUCCAAUAUGUCCUCAUGAUCGAUGCGGGUAGCACUGGAUCGCGUAUCCACGUCUACAAGUUCAACAACUGCGGUUCUACUCCCGAGUUGGAGAAGGAGGAGUUCAUGAUGACUGACAAGAGCGUUGGUGGCUUGAGCAAGUACAAGGACGACCCGAUUGCCGCCGCGAAGACCUUGGACGCCCUGAUGGAAGUGGCGAUGAAGACCGUGCCCGACAAGUUGAAGGGAUGCAGCCCAGUUGCCGUCAAGGCGACCGCUGGACUCCGGAUGAUCGGUGCUGAGGCGAGUGAUAAGAUCCUUGAAACCGUCCGAACCCAUCUCGAGGGCUACCCUUUCCCGGUCGUCUCCAAGGAGGAGAACGGUGUCGCGAUCAUGGAUGGUUCCGACGAGGGUGUCUACGCCUGGAUUACCACCAACUACCUCCUGGGCAAGAUUGGUGGUCCCGACCAGAGCCCGACUGCCGCCAUCUUCGAUCUCGGUGGUGGUUCAACCCAGAUCGUCUUCGAGCCCACGUUUAAGGGAAUCCCUGGUGGGGGCAUGCCCGAGAAGAUGGCUCCAGGCGACCACAAGUACGACCUGGCGUUCGGCGGGCGAGAGUUCGAGCUCUACCAACAUUCCCAUCUUGGCUACGGUCUCAUGGCUGCUCGCAACUCGAUUCAUCUGAACCUGCUUCAGGACAUUUACAGCCAGGAGAAGACCAAGGGAUUCCUCAACAAGCCUAUCUUGAAUCCGUGCAUCAACGCUGGCCAGAGCGACAUGGUCAAGGUGAAGCUUGGGGACGGCAGCCCCUUGGGCACCGGCGAGCUGGAGCUGAACAUGACCGGUCCCGCUACUCCUGCCCCGGCCCAAUGCCGCGCCUUGGCAGAGAGAAUCCUGGCCAAGGACAGCGACUGCAAGUUGUCGCCUUGCUCCUUCAAUGGUGUCCACCAGCCCUCCCUGGCCAAGACCUUUGGCAAGGAGGAUGUCUACAUCUUCUCAUUCUUCUUCGACCGAACUAAGCCCUUGGGAAUGCCAGACUCGUUCACCCUUCGCGAGCUGCACGACCUCACUAACAGUGUGUGCGGUGGCGAGAGCGCCUGGGAUGUAUUCGGCACUGUUCCUGGUGCUCUGGACGAGCUGCGUGAUCGUGGCGAAUACUGCCUUGACCUCAACUUCAUGAUCGGCCUCCUACACACUGGAUACGACAUGCCUAUCGACAGAGAGGUCAAGAUCGCCAAGAAGAUCAAGGGCAAUGAGUUGGGCUGGUGCUUGGGAGCCAGUCUGCCCCUGUUAUCGAAGAAUUCCGGCUGGUCAUGCAAGGUCAGCCAGUCGUACUGA